AUGUCACGUUCUAAGUUUGUAUCUCUGUUUAAGAGUUCGCCGCUGUAUGACUUUCUUAUCCCCUUCCAACGAGCUCCGAACCAGUGGGUUGCACGCUACAUCAUAAUUGUUUUCGCCAUCAUUGUGCGAUGUGCAGUUGGUCUGGGACCUUACUCGGGACAAAAUACACCUCCAAUGUUCGGAGAUUUCGAAGCUCAGCGCCAUUGGAUGGAGAUUACAACGCAAUUACCAAUCUCAAAGUGGUAUUUCUAUGACCUUCAGUACUGGGGGCUGGAUUAUCCACCCUUAACUGCUUUUCACUCCUGGCUUCUCGGAAAAUUUGGCUCCUGGACAGACGUCUCGUGGUUCGCUCUUGAUGUAUCAAGAGGGCUGGAAACCGACGACUUGAAAUCCUACAUGAGAAUAACAGCACUUUUGAGUGAAUUAUUGAUUUAUAUCCCGGCAGUACUAAUGUACACCAGAUGGAUGGGAAGAUAUUACAACAAGGCUUCUCCUAUUGAUCAAACUAUCAUUGCAGCGGCCAUUCUCUACCAACCAUCUCUGAUCAUUAUUGACCAUGGGCAUUUUCAAUACAACUCUGUGAUGCUUGGUCUUUCUCUCUUUGCAAUUGUCAACCUCUUGGAAAAUAACUAUGCUUUGUGCUCAAUAUUCUUUGUGUUGGCUCUUUGUUUCAAGCAAAUGGCACUCUACUAUGCUCCAAUCUUCUUUUUUUAUCUCCUCAGCGUGUGCAUUUUUCCAUUUUCCAAGAUGAACCUUCUCAGAUUAGUUUCCAUAGGAGUCUCCGUGAUCUCCACAUUCGUGUUAAUAUUUUUACCCUUCGUGUAUAAGGGCGGAUUCGGCCAAAUCAUUCAGAUACUGAUUCGUGUGUUCCCAUUUGAUAGAGGUAUUUUUGAAGAUAAGGUGGCCAAUUUCUGGUGCGCAACAAACGUGAUUAUUAAAUACAGAAAUACCUUCACUCAGAAUCAGUUGAAGAAACUUUCUCUCCUGUUGACGUUGGCAGGGAUUUCUCCCGCUUCCAUCACUAUCUUUCUCAAGCCAAGCAAGACAUUAUUUACCUGGUGUUUAGCAUCGUGCUCGUUAGCUUUCUAUCUCUUUUCGUUUCAGGUCCACGAAAAGUCAAUUCUUCUGCCGCUAAUGCCUAUCACCCUUCUCCUCAAUGAAGUUGACCCCGACGUUAUAUCCAUGGUUUGCUGGAUUGCCAACAUUGCCCUGUUCUCCAUGUGGCCGCUUCUCAAGCGAGACCAAUUGUCUCUUCAAUAUUUUGUUCUAGGGAUUUUGAGCAACUGGCUCAUGGGUAACUUGAGCUGGAUCAGAAUGUAUCUCAGAAUGGCCAAAGUUCCUAUUUAUGCCAGAGAACUAGCAAUGCCAGUGCUCCCCCACAACUUAUUUUGGCGCAUUGUCAUCAUCAGUUCGUACACUCUGGCCUCGUUGCUACACAUACUCGAUUAUAUUGUUGAGCCCCCAAAGCAGCUGCCACAUCUCUGGGUCAUUUCUAAUGUCGUACUGUCUUUUGGCUGUUUUAUGUUGUUUUGGUGUUGGGCAAACUACAAAAUCAUUCACAAAGCAACCUUCAAGGUUAAACCCAAAUAA